UUUUCCUCCCGGUUUGCAAAGCUGGAAGGAGGGAGAGGAGGCGAAGCGGGAAGGCCGGGCGGCUCCGACUCCGCCACCGCCGCCGCUUGCACCUUUUCUCGGGGGCCCGGCGGGCUCCGCCCCGGGGAGGCCGGGCGACCGACCGACCGAGCGGGUGCGUGUGUGUGUGUGGCCCGAGUAGGGGCUGCGGCCUAAGCGAACUUGGAAGACAACAUUAGAAGACUAGGAGAAAAGCAAAGCAUAUACAGAAGAGUCAGAAAAUGUCGGGAUAAUUUCAGUGAACGUUAAAAUGCUUUUUAAAUAUUCCAAGGACAUUUGGACGCCAUGACAGCCACUCUAGUAUGUGAUCCCUCAGAAGCUAUGGAGCUUUGUGCUUCUCAGCAACUCUAUCUUAAGCCAGUAGCAAAACUGACAAUCAGUGUGGUGCUUCCAGAACACACCAGUUUUACCCGGGCCUUCUCAAAAUGGGAAGUGAUGGACAAGCUGAAGAACAUGAUUUGUCCAGACCAGUUCACCAGUGUUAAGGUUUCAAAGAGCACUAAGGGUUUCAUUCGGUUUGAGGGAGAGGCAGAAACCAAGCGCCUGAUCUGUAGCCUUAAGGAAAAACUCCAUGGCAAGAUGAUAAAACUGAAUGGUUUUAAAGAUGACUUGCAAGUGGUUGCUACAGAGGUGCUUCCUGAUUUCGCAACUCCUCGGGAGUUGGAAACCAAUUUGAAUGGUAGAGAAAUGCUGGAGGAAGAUUCUACUGAGCAAAGGAAGGAUGUUCCAGAUUGCCUUCAUUUGGAAGGACUGCCGUGCAAAUGGUUUGCACUUAAAGGCUCAGAUAGUGAAACACCAAGCGAAGAUGUAUUGAGAGAAGUGUUUGAAAGUUUUGGGAAGAUCAAGAACAUAGACAUCCCCAUGCUUGAUCCUUAUAGGGAAGAAAUGGUGGGAGGAAGGAAGAACAAUUUCACUUUCCGCGGUCUGCGGAUAUUUGACGCUUUUGUCCAGUACCAAGAGUCUGCAUCUUUUUCAAAAGCUAUGGAGGCACUUAAGGGAAUGAAGCUGAUGUUUAAAGGGGAUGAUGGAAAAGCUCUUGCAUGUAACAUUAAGGUGACUUCUGAUACUUCCAGACAUUUCAGUGAGACUGCUAUAAAUCAGAGAAACCUGGAAAGAUUAACACUUCAAGGGCUAGAGCGAGAAAGAAAGAGGGAGGAAAACAGAGGGAAAAAAGGGACGGAAAGAAAAAGAUGUGAUGAUGAUGGUGAUGAUGACGGAAAAAAAGGUGAAGGAAAGAGGAAGUCUAAGAUCAAGAAACGGGGGAAAAGACAGAUAGAGCGGGAUGAAAAACGCCCAAGAAAGCAGCAGAAAGUAACAGCUGGAGAAGAGUUGUGGCCAGAAAAUAUGCCGGAAUGGGAAGAAAGGAAGUACCUCCUUGCUCAGAGAAGAGUGGAGUCUAUCCGGCUGCUUACAGUGCUGUUAAGCCAAAUAAAAAAUUUUGUGCUGUCAUCAAGACAAGUGGGAGAACCUCCAGUGAAUACUGAAAAUGAAAGGGAGGAUUUAUUCCCUACACCUCCCACACAGAAAGCAUUAAAGCAGAAGACAAACUCCUGUUACUUUGGGCAUCAAGACGUGAAGGAUGAGAAGGUGCCAGAGUGUCACUCAGCAGACCUGGAUAACUCCCAUGUUUGGGAAGGAGAGAAGAAGCAUGUCACGAGUGAAGAACCCACGUCACCUUGUCCCCUAAUUAGAACUGUUUUGAACAAGCCAGUUGGUAGAGUGAUCACCAGCCACCUAACAGAGAAGGACACAGAUUGCCAUCGUGCUGGUGGCUUGAUACAGGUCACUAUCACGCAAGACUGCAAAGUUGAAAAAUCACCUAACAGAGGGGAUUAUCUACAACCAAACUUGAGAUGCUUCUCAGAAGCCAUGAAUGCAAGCAAGGGCAGGAAGCCAAAAGUAUAUGAAACAGAGGAAUUUAUACAUUAUUUACUUAAUUAUUAUCAAACCCCAAGAUAUGCACGGAUCUGUCCACAGGUCCAGAAUCCCGUGGAUAAGUCUCGGUGGCAGAGAGUAGUGUCUUAUAGUGGGAAUGGUUUCCAGGUCAGCCUCAAGAACAAAGAUGGCAAGUUGUUGACAAAAUUGAAUUUGGUACCAAAUCCCCAUGAAGGAGACUCCAGAGAGAGCGAUAGUAGAAAACGGGAAGUUAUAGACAAAGAACCCAAGCCUUUGCAGAUAAUGCCAAAUAGCCAGGCACGUACUGGAGAGUUUGCCAAAAGCUACCAGUGGGAUGAUGCACUAGAGGAUACCAGCAAUAAAACACCACAAGUUCAAUGGAAUGCUCAUGUUGUAGGAAACCCUGGUAUUGCUUGUGAUAUAAAACACCAGAAGGAGAAUACUGGAAUAACAAUGGCAUCGUCACACAAGCCCUUUGGCCAUGUGUAUAAAUUGAAGGACUUAUUGGAAGAGAUAAGCAGUGAUUCUGAAUAUUUUAGUGAGACAUUUAAUGAGCCACUAAGCAAAACAGAAAGAAGAAAUGGUGGUUGCAGAAGUAGCUGUGAAGUGUGGCCUCUUGGCCCACAAAAGGCAAGAGAAUUGCUGAUUUGUGUCCAGAAUGUUGCCUGUGGCAGUCAAGAUAGUGAAGGCACCAAGCGCAGCUUUUGCUCCAGCUUUGAGUGUUACGACUCAACAAAGAAUCCCAGGCAGAAACUUAAAAUGACUUUCAAGAGGUUCAGCAGUAACGUGCGACACGAAGGACAGAAAACCAAAUGGCUGUCUAGCGAAGACGAGAGGGAAGCCAGUAGGAGGAAGAAGAAGAAGAAGAAGAAAAGGCCCUCCAGUAAUUCUUUACCUGAUGAUGAACCUUCAUUCCUUAAAGUCAACCAUUGUGGAGAGCUGGAGUCCCUCAGCAAGAUCCAGAGGAAGUACACCAAGGGGUUCCACCACAAAAUGAAAUGUAAAGCACUCCCUGCAGUAAAAGCAAAAGAUGUCCUCCGUUUGACUGCCUCUCAGCUUCAGGAAAGUCAUCAGGGGGCAGGCGACUUACUGUUAAGAAGAGAGGUGGGAGAAGAUUCUGAAGGAUGGCCUUUGUUUCCUGUCGAAAUAAUUCAGAAAAGUCCAUACCCAGAGUCACUGUGUGGAACAGACCUUGGAAGAGGAUGCUAACCUCGUUGGUCCGAGAGGACAGUGGGAAUCUGGAACUUCUGCAAGGAGGAAGUUCAGAAUAGGCCAUUUUAUAUAACUCUUUCACAAAUUUAAGUGUAAAGGUGGACUCUCAGUGAUAAGAGGCAUUUUGCUUAGGCUCUUCUGCAUGCUGGGGUAGAGAGAGGGAAGCACUCAGCUUGGUGAUAAAAAUGAGUUGAUGGAUUUGACAAAAAUGAGUUCAUGGAUUUGAUACUUGCACAAAUGGGGGCCACUCCCCCAACAGAGCGACCAAAAUGCAUGAUUGACACUACCUUGAAUAGACUACUUAAUAGUUUGAGCUCAAUAAGCUGAAUGGUCUUUUGCUGAUUUUUGAAUGGAACUGCAGAAUGUAAGUUCUACACUCUAGUUACUGUACAGUUAGAGGAGUUAUGCCUAAGUUACUCCUAUACCAGUUGAAUAAAUCUUUAAUUUAUAACCUUUAAAAAGAAAGUGCCUCCUCCGUGAUGUCAGAAAGGGGAUGAUGUGGGAGACAAGAUAGGACAUACGUCUAAGGGAGAAAUUAAAUAUAUUUAUAACUUCCUGAAAAUGCUGCAGGAUGAAACACAAGCUUCCAUUAGAAUAUUGUAUUCAAAGACUGGACAAUGUAGGGCUUGUGUCACAUACUGUUUGAUGGUUGAGGGUCUUUUACGGUAGGACCCAUUGGGUUUUUUGGUUGGUGUGCACGUAGAACCACCGGCCCCAUGUCUCCAAGCCUCUCCUCUCCUGUACUUUUCCUUACGACUGUUAUACCUAUUUGUCCAGCUAUGGUAAAAGUGCAUAUGACAUCCAUUCCCAGGUUUCCUUAAAUCUAGAAUGGGGAAACUUUGGCCUUCUAAAAAAUUUUUGGACUAUGGCUCCUAGACUCCUUAUAAUUGGAUGAGCACUAUAGAACCAACUGUUUGGAUGCCAAAUGUCUCUUUAAAAUAUUAAAUGCCUUCCUUUAAAAAUCAUAAAAUUAAAGCAGCCAGAUGGCCCUUGGGUUGUCCUUCGAACAGUGGUGCCGGGAAGAACAGAUGCCUUGUACUUGCCCAGCACUUUCCCAAUUACUCCCCUUCCCAAAGCAUCUGGCCAAAAAUAAAAAUAAAAUAAAAUGCUAGAAUAAUAUAGGAAAGUUUUUUCUCCCCUUGAUGAUGGGGUUUAGAUUGGAGGAAAACAGUGGGAGGAGAAAGGAGCUGUACGCUCUGGGAUGCAACACUAUUGUUGUUCUGAAGCCGAGAGAAAGAAACCUACAUUCGUUUCCUCUACGAUAUAUAGCUUGAUUGUAAAUUAAUGUAGUGUGCAGAGGAGCUGAGGUUUGCUGAUGAAAUGGGCAGAGCUCUGCUACAAUCAUGGUUGAGGUACUUUCCAGCUUUUGGGUUGUUUGAGAACCAGUGCAGUCUCCCCAGAAGUCCCUAAAAUUGCAGUUCUCUUGCUUCGUUGGUUCUCAGACAUGGCAGAACAAAGUAUUCGGUUUGGGUGGGAUAACAAUGGUGGUUUUGUUUUGUUUUUUUAAAGAGAAAUGGUAGGAAUCCAUUUUAAACUUUCACAGAUUCUUCACAGGCUAGAGACAUCUGGGUUCCAAAGGGUCUUUGAAACAGUGAGAUAGGAAAAAAAAAUUCAGUUGUGGUUGGUAUUUUUAUCCAAGCAAGUGGCCUUCUGAAGUACCAGGUAGACAAGUCAGAUACUAUGGAUGAUUUUACCCAGUUUCUGCUUACAAUUGUGUGACACAUGGAGCUGGAAUUAUGAAAUAAACCAAUGCUCGUUGGAAAGGAAAGCACUCGACUGACUUCAGCGGGACUGUUUAAGAGAAAGCCCUUUGAAGGUAGGUUGUCUCUUAUUACAGCAGAUGACCAUAAUCACUAUGAAUUAGUAUUCCAUAGGAAGGGAACAGCUACAAAUUUUAUUUCACGUUUCUGCUUUCACUUUAAUAUGCUUUAUUUAUUACAUGUCAAGGCGAUGUUCAUGCGAUACGCAUUCCCUAGCAUACCAUGCAUUUCUGUUAAUGUUCAGCUCCAACAAAAUAGCAAACCUAAGUAUGCAGAUAUUUUUUUCUGUGUUUAGCUUGUGUUUUGUGUCAGACUGGUCAAUGGUGAUAGUUUCCACAGUCCUCUAGUUUCUACUUUAAUCUUUUUUUUGGAGGGAAACAAUGUGUUGCUGAAGGUGGCAAAGAGAAGGAAUGAUCUAGAAGUAAUCUUUUGCACUUCGGUUACAUUUUUUUAAACUCAAUCUAAUUUAAUGUUUCACUUGAUCGUGAAUUUAAUAGAAAAUUCUUCCAUUAAUAUUUCAAAUGUUUUGGGGUUAUGUUUUAUUUGUUGGUUACAUAGUAUUUACAGGCACAAAAAUCUUACCUGCUUCCUAGCCCUUUACUUUCAGCUGUUGUGUUUAAUUAAUUUGUGUAUGGGUGCAUACAUUUUCCAUAAAAUGUUUGUACUCACUUAAAAUUGCAUCCUUCACAUCAUGGACCUUAUUUUUAAUGGUAACUAUAAGAUGCAGUGUUGGGGGAAAUGUAGCAGUUUUUUUUCUACAAGGAGAUGGUGACUUUUGAUCCUUUUGAAUUUUGGAUGAGAGGGACAUAAUUGUCUAUUAAAGGAUGAAUAAUUUUGUUCCCCCAGUUUCUUAUUAUGAAAGGAGAAGAACAGUAUGAGAACACACUCAAAGGUAACUCCCUUGGAAAAGUCACUGCCAGAUCUCCAUGAAACUGCAUCAUAGGAGGUUUUUUUUCCUUUAUAUUAGUCUAUAAACAACGCUGUGAACAUUUUUCUAUACCUCAAAUACAAUUUAUUACUGCUUCAAGCAAAUAAAAAGUAGCUGUUGCACCUUAAAAUGAGAAAACAAGAUUAUUAUUUUUAAAUAACCAGUGAAAUAAUUGCAUGUUUAGAGAACUUACCCUGGGGUUGGACUUGAGCCUGCGUGUUCCUCUGGAGUAAAGGAAUGGAUGAAUGAACAGAGAAAUCCUGCUUUUUCAUGGAAGUUUCCUAGGUCAUUCAUCUUUGUCUGGGAGGAGCAAAGCAACCCCAACCAGAAAACCCCUAAGUGUCCCUUCAGGUGUAAUCCCCUGGGGCAAAAGAAUUGUUCAGAUAAGUCCAGUGACUUCAUUAUAUGGUGUGGAAUUAAAACAAACUCUCAUUUAAUAUCUUUGUACCUUCUGUUUGUACAUUCUUGAACUGUUCCCCCAUCCAUUCUUUAAGUACUGGUUAUUUAACUCUUUUAAACAUGCAUUGGUCAAUGCCAGAAAAUAGAUUGUGAAAGUAAUUUUAUGGAUGUUCCUAGAAAGCUUUCUAAAACCUUUUUUAAAAAAAGUAAGUUUGUAGACAUGUUCUAAUUCAACCUGUACUGCUUGGAAAAAAUGUGGUGUCUUAAUUAUGAAAAAUAAAAUGUAUUUAUUUUACGUAAA